GGAGCUGCAAUCGAUAGGACCAAAAUUGGAUUAACAGCGAGGGCCAAGCUUUAGCUGUCGUGUUGUACCGCGUGCGAACGAUGACCACUUUUCCCAGUGAUCCGCAUCAUCAUUGGGACAGCGCUAACGGUCACAUGGAGCCUCCUUUUCCGCCGGAAGUAUCACCCUUCACACCAAUUUGGGGCCAGGAAAACCCAUCGCCAAUGGUGCACUAUCCGGAACUGAUGGCCGCCGGAUUUCCUUGUGCCGAUCUAGCAAUCUGGCCCCGGCAACAGGUAGGAGGAUUCGUUGCCCAACGUCUAUCACCCCGUGGAGCUCAAUCUGCAUCACAGUCGUCAAACAAGAAAACUCGCCGUCGGGUAGCUUCAAUAGCGCAACGACGGGCCGCCAACAUCCGGGAGCGACGGAGAAUGUUCAAUUUGAACGAAGCGUUUGAUAAAUUGCGAAGAAAGGUACCUACGUUCGCGUACGAGAAGCGUCUGUCCCGUAUCGAAACGCUACGGCUGGCCAUUACCUAUAUCGGAUUUAUGUCCGAACUGUUGAACGGCACACCCACCCACGAUGGUCGUUCGCCAGAGCUGUAUCCGAAUCUCGUUCAUCCGCAUCACACGAACCACAUUCAUCCCUCGUUCCACCAGAGGGAGUAUAUUUCACCAUACGCUCCCCACACGGGAUAAAGGGACCGAGCUGUGGCCGUGGGAUUUAUUGUUUGUUUUGGAUUUUGUGUUAUACUGUUUGACUUGUGAUGUAUGUUCGAAAUAAGUAACAAUUCUUCCACUAGUCAUAGAUAAUUGUAACUCUGUUUUCUAAUUUAUAUCAAUAAAAAGAGCCGACUAUGAACUAAUUACUCAUUGCACUCAACGUGAAGGAAGGAAGGUAGGAAGGUAUUGAAUUAGAGAGACUUUAAACUCUGAGAGUUCAUUCGUCUCU